CACUAAUUGACAGUCAACGCGCCAACCAUACGGGUAGGAUCUGCCAUCUAUGCCUGUUCCCCUCACCUGCGAGCCUCCCAGCACAGGCCUUUUACCGGACAAAAAUAAACGAAUGAAAAAGAUACAGCCGAGUGCAGCUUUUCAAAUCACAUCCUCCGCGGGUUCGAAUGGAACGCCAGCAUUCGCCUGCAGCUGUUCCACGAGCGUUCCAAUGAUUAUUUAAAUACCGUUUUGACGCGCAGCUCCAGUUGUGGUAUUUUGGAGGGGGUGGAGGAGAGAGAGACGGAGAGAAACGCAGAGGAGCUCGUCAGAGAUAAAAACACAUACGAAAUACACCAAGAGGAACGAGGAAAGCUUCCAAGAGGGUUCAUUUUGACGAAUAAUAAAAAGGAUAAACUGCGCGUCGCGGGCUGUUCUGUCAUAUUGAACCAUGGUGUCCACAGUUUUUGCUGUGACACUGUCUGUCACACUGCUGCACCUGGCCUCAGGUGCAUCUUUAGGGACAUCAGAUCCUGAAGCUCCUCCCACCGUGACUUCUAGUCCCCGCCCCCUGGGAGAUCUCAUCCAUGCUGCACUUCUGAGCAAGGAGUACCUGGGACACACUCCUGGCAGCAGAGGUACAACUACUAACCCGACCCAGGCCGUCCCGUCUAUUAAAGAAUCAGAGCCUGCCUCCACAGUGAUGUCACCAGGAAUACUCACCACUGCAGUGACAUCAUCGGCUGUGCCUCAAGCAGGCCAAUUAGGCUUUGGGGGAGCCGUGACAUCACUGCCAGCUGAAGAAGAGACCACAACCACUCUAAUCACUACAACAACUAUAACAACAGUGCACACACCAGUUCAGUGCAAUGCCAGUCUGUCAGGAAUGGAGGGAAUAAUCGAGUCUCCUGAUCCGCUCUCAUCCUCGUCUGCCUUUUCCCCACUGGAGUGCACCUACAGCAUCACCGUCUAUCCUGGAUAUGGCGUUGAGAUACAGGUGAAGAAAGUAAACUUGUCCAAAGAGGAGUCCCUCACCAUUUCGGAUCUGGGUGGUGCAGCACUUGAGGUUUUGGCCAAUGAGACGCUGAUGAGCGAAGGUCAGGUGAUUCGUAGCACAACCAAUCAAGUGCAGAUCCAUUAUAAGAGCCUGAAGCAAAACAAUCAUGGCGUUUUCAGCUUUCACUAUCAAGCCUUCCUCCUGUCCUGUUCGUUCCCUCUCUCCCCUGAGGGCGGCGGAGUGACUGUAACUGAUAUACAUCCUGGCGGUCAGGCUCACUUUCAUUGUGAUCCAGGGUUUGAGGUCAGAGGUCAUGAGGUUGCAACCUGUUUAAACUCUACCCGACCCAAAUGGAGCACUCCAGAGCCCCAGUGUGUUGCGGUGUCGUGUGGAGGAUGGAUCAGGAAUGCUACAGUUGGUCGCAUCCUUUCUCCAACCCUCCCCUCUGCAAGUAACCAUAGCAGCGGAAGCAACCUGAGCUGCCAUUGGCUGCUGGAAGCCAAGGAAGGCCAUAGGCUCCACCUCCACUUUGAAAGGGUGGCUCUUGAUGAAGACAAUGAUAAGCUGAUUGUACGCAGUGGGAAUAGCACGACAGCACCGCUCCUCUUCGACUCGGAUCUGGAUGAUGUUCCGGAACGGGGCUUUGUGAGUGAAGGAUCGUCUCUCUUUGUGGAGCUCACGGCAGAUUCCUCCUCCAUCCCACUGCUGCUGGCACUCCGCUAUGAAGCCUUUGAUGGUGAACACUGUUAUGAACCUUACCUGCCUCAUGGGAACUUCAGCAGCAGUGACAUCACCUUCCCACUGGGAACUGUGGUAUCGUUUUCAUGUGCUGCUGGAUUUGUGAUGGAGCAGGGCUCAGGAGUUAUGGAGUGUUUGGAUCCCAAUGACCCUCACUGGAACGAAACUGAACCGGUCUGCAGAGCUCUGUGUGGCGGUGAGCUCACAGAUCCAGUGGGAACAGUGUUGUCUCCCGACUGGCCACAGAGCUACUCUAAAGGGCAGGACUGUGUGUGGCAAAUACACGUCAGCGAGGACAAGCGCAUCGAGCUGGAUGUGCAAAUUUUGAACAUACGCCACAAUGACGUUCUCACUCUGUUUGAUGGCCAUGAUCUGAUGUCGCACGUGAUUGGUCAGUACAUGGGCUCGAGAGAAAGGUUCAGGGUUGUAUCGGGAGGUUCGGAGGUCACCAUUCAGUUUCAGAGCGAUCCCGAUGACUCCACGUUUAUACUGAGCCAAGGCUUUCUCAUCCACUACAGAGAAGUGGAGCCGAAUGACACGUGUUCUGCUCUUCCACAAAUUGAGUUCGGCUGGAGCAGCUCCUCCCACCCGUCUCUGGUCAGAGGAAGUGUGUUGACCUAUCAGUGUCAGCCGGGUUAUGAUAUCGUCGGCUCUGACAUCAUUACCUGCCAAUGGGACCUCACUUGGAGUAACAGCCCGCCCACCUGUGUGAAAAUCCAGCAGUGUCCUGACCCAGGAGAAGUGGUCAAUGGAGCUCGCUCUGUACAUCCCGAGUCUGGUUUCGCUGUUGGAACGGUGGUACGCUUCACAUGUAACCAGGGCUAUCAGCUGGAGGGCCCGAGUCAGAUAUCCUGCCAUGGCAGAGACACCGGAAUGCCCAAGUGGAGCGACCGCAGCCCGAAGUGUGUCUUAAAAUAUGAUCCAUGCCCAAACCCGGGUGUGCCAGACAACGGCUACCAGACUCUGUACAAGCACAGUUACCAGGCCGGCGAGACACUGCGCUUCUUCUGCUAUGAGGGCUACGAGCUCAUUGGGGAAGUGAUCAUCAACUGUGUCCCAGGACACCCAUCUCAGUGGAACAGCCCACCGCCCUUCUGUAAAGUGGCCUAUGAAGGACUUCUGGAUGAUCAUAAAUUGGAGGUUUCUCAGUCAUUAGACGCCUCCCAUCAGAUGCUGAGUGAGAACAUUGCAUUGGCUAUCAUCCUGCCAAUCAUUCUGGUCAUCCUCCUGAUUGGAGGAAUCUACAUGUACUACACCAAUGUGUGUAGGUGGCAGUGGAAGCCGAUGUUCUGGAAGUCUCUCUCUCACACCCACUCCUACAGCCCCAUUACAGUGGAGUCUGACUUCAACAACCCUCUCUAUGAGGCAGGGGACACACGAGAGUAUGAGGUGUCCAUCUGAAGCGGCAGUCCACAAGCAAAUCCAAAUUGUGGUUUGAAUGGAAAGGAGAAGAAACAGAAGAAAUACAGUUAUUUUUCUCUCUCUUUCUCUCUCUCUGCAAGACUUUCAUUUGUUUUCUUCAUCGCAACACACAAUUCCUACUCGGUCUCUCUUCUCCCUCUCAGCCGGCAACUUUAACAAGUGUGUUUGCUUGUGCGCUUAUGCAGGUGCCUGUAGUAUGUCAGUGUGUGUUUACAUGUGUGUGUAUGUCUGUUAUUGACUGUAAAUGUACACCAGAGUAAGGAAAUACUGGAAGUGACAACAAAAAAGGUUGCAAGUACACAUUGUAAGUAUGAGCUUCACAGUCGGGCAUGUUUUGUAACAAGGUUUGGUGCCUUAUGGACUGAAAAA